GAGCGAGAGAGAGAGAGAGAAAGAAAGAGAGAGAGAGAGAGAGAGAGAGAGCGAGAGAGAGUGAGUGAGUGAGUGAGUGAGUGAGUGAGUGAGUGAGAGAGAGGUGUCCGUGCUCUCUCUCUCUCUCUUCAGUCUCGCUCUUCCAGGAAGGGAUUAUUAACCAGCGCGCUGCCGACAUGUGAAGGAAAACACUCGCAGACAAAAGAAGUUUUCACACUGAGCCGCGCUAUGGAGCUGGAAAGAUAAAAAAAAAAAGAAGAAAGAAGCGGGCUACAUGAGAAAAACAACUUCUCCCACAGUAACGAGCCGAGCAGUCGAGCUGCCGCCGCCGCCGAGCGGGUCUGAGUAGGAGCGGAGAGCAGAUAAAGAAGAGAGCGGAACGGAAAAGUGGAAGGAGACGGAGAGAAGUUGACGGGAGAUAAUGUCUGAAUCCUCCUCCGCUGCGACCAAGCAGGAGAGGAGCUCUUUCAGUCCUUCCGCGAACCCGCUGCCAAACUCCACUUCCUCCCCCGUCCAUGCUCCCGCCGCGAGGCCAGCCAGCCGAAUGGAGGACGAGCCUGCCAGGCUGCCUGCGCACCUGCGUUUGCAGCCGGUCUUCUGGAGCAGAGAGGACGUGGCCCAGUGGCUGCGAUGGGCCGAGAAGGAGUUCGCUCUGCGGCCGAUCACCAGUGGCUCUUUCCAGAUGAAUGGCAAAGCCCUGCUGCUGCUCACCAAGGAGGACUUCCGCUACAGAUCCCCCCACUCUGGGGACGUCCUGUAUGAGCUGCUGCAGCAAAUCCUGAAGCAGAGGAAGCCCCAUGUGUUUUACCCAUCUGCCUAUUUCCCUGGGAACUCCUUCCACUCGCUGCCUGAGAGCGCCGUGCAGCACCUGAAGCUCGAAGAAACGGUACGACGGGGGCCGCGUGGUGCAGAGCCAAUCCCCCAGCAUCCACCAACCAUUGAGCUGCGGCACCGCUCCCGCUCCCCUCACCAUCCAACCCCGCGACGAUCCCCCCUGGAGCCGAACCACCCUCGCGCCGCUAACGAUGACUCCCUGCAAACCUUCUCCCAGCUGCCCGACAGCAACCACCACCUGCCCGAGGAAAUGUACCCUCUGUCGGUGUCCCCGGCCGCACCAAACGGGCGCUGCACGACGCCCCGAGACCCCCCUUGCCCGGGCAGCCCUGGGGGCCAGGAGGCGGGCCCUCCUCGCGUCAUCCAGCUCAUGCCCAGCACCAUCAUGAACCCUCUGCUCCUCAGCCCGAGCAGGAGCGGUGGCGGGGGUGCCGGCAUGGACUUCAGGCACAGCCGCGGCGGAUCCCUGUCUCAGGCCACGCUUGAGAACGGGCGCGAAGGUAAAGUCCACGGCCACCACCACGUGCUGCCGCUGGCACAGCAGCAGCAGCAGCAACAGCAGCACCUUCUGCAGCAGGAGGAGGCGCUCUACAGGAACCACGUCAUCAUGCCGGUGUCUCCUCCAGAGGAGCAGCAGAUGCCCAUUGGACGGAUAGCAGACUGCAGGCUGCUGUGGGACUACGUCUACCAGCUCCUGUCAGACAGCAGGUACGAGAACUACAUCCGCUGGGAGGAUCCAGAGAACAAAGUCUUCCGCAUCAUGGACCCCAACGGCCUGGCUAGGCUCUGGGGCAAUCACAAGAACAGGACAAAUAUGACGUACGAGAAGAUGUCGCGAGCACUGAGACACUACUACAAACUGAACAUUAUCAGGAAAGAGCCAGGACAAAGACUUCUGUUCAGGUUCAUGAAAACCCCAGACGAGAUAAUGAACGGACAGACGGACCGGCUGGAGCACCUGGAGUCCGACACAGACGAACAAAUCUACAUCAAAGAGGAAUGCUGAGGAAAUCUGAGAAAAAAAGAAAAAAAAAGGUCCAUGAACUACUUAGUACUACUACAGCCGCUGAUGCCUUUUCAGACGCAGCUUGAACAAUCGGUGUUGAAUCUGGAGCUGGACGUUCGCUCGUAUCAGUCCCACACACAGAGACAUGACUCUCUCCUCUGAUUGCCUUAGGAUGAUCAUUUUCAAGUCAAAAUGAAACAAAAAAAAACAAAACAAAAAAACAAAACAAAAAAAAAAAACAGCAUCGGUUGUGUUGAUUUUCCUGAUGGACAGAAGCUAAAAGGACGUGCUCCCUUUUAUUUCUGUGUGAACUGCAAAAGCCAAUCACCUUGUGCUUAUGUCACUUUUAUGAUUUUUUUUUGUCUCCACACAUGCAUUAUACUAAGGAAUUUUGUAAAAAGAAAUUUGUGUGCAGUGUGUGUGUGUGCAGUGAGUUGUGUGUGUGUGUGUGUGUGUGUGUGUAUGUGUGUGUGUGUGUGCAGUGAGUGUGUGUGUGUGUGUGUGUAUGUGUAUGUGUGUGUGUGUGUGACUGGACUGUUUUCACCAUGGAAUAAACAUUUUUGAUCAAACUCA